GUUCUGUCCAAUCACGAAUGAGCCGGUGUGUAUAAUAGCAGGAGAGCGGCCGCGCAUUUAUUGUUGUGAUAUUCUGAACUACAGUGAAGAUGUCUGGAAGAGGAAAGACUGGCGGUAAAGCUCGUGCUAAAGCAAAGACUCGCUCCUCCAGGGCAGGACUGCAGUUCCCAGUCGGUCGUGUUCACAGGCUACUGCGGAAGGGAAACUAUGCCCAGCGUGUGGGUGCUGGAGCCCCGGUCUAUCUGGCAGCUGUGCUCGAGUACCUGACUGCUGAAAUCCUGGAACUGGCCGGGAACGCCGCCCGGGACAACAAGAAAACCAGAAUCAUCCCGCGUCACCUGCAGCUCGCUGUCCGCAACGACGAGGAGCUCAACAAACUGAUGGGAGGCGUCACCAUCGCUCAGGGCGGAGUGCUGCCCAACAUCCAGGCCGUGCUGCUGCCCAAGAAAACCGAGAAGCCAGCCAAAAAAUAAAUCACUCGGUCGCCGCUUUUACAUCUUAUAAACCCCCAAAGGCUCUUUUAAGAGCCGCCCACUUUUCUAUAAAAGCGCAUCGAAUCGGUUUAUUUUUAUUAUCUGAAAAAUACCGAAUGGUGAGAAUUGAAGCAAUAAAUAGUUAGUUUGUAUUUGUGUGCGGCAGUGCAGCGCUGCCAUGUCUGUUUGGAGCGAUAUCAAACACACGCCUCGCCUCAGCGCGUGUAGCUCACGUUCCCACAUUAAUGCCACGUUCUUUACAAAGAGACAAUCUGAUACAAUAUCAAUUGACUGCUUUACUUUGUUUUCGAUCGAGCUACCUUGAAACAUGCUUCCAGUUUGAAAUCCACCCCCUCCCGUGUUUGUGUUUUAUUGCGGGGAUAUACACCCACUCUUGGGUCCAGAAAACUGUCCAAUCAGGAAAUUGUAUUUUCCGUGUUUUGUUUUUUGUUUGUUUGUUUGAAGUCUGAUUAUAGUUUUUGAAUUGGGUUAUUUUC